AUGGCCUCCGCAAUCUUCUUCCUCGACCUCAAAGGCAAAACCCUCCUGGCCCGCAACUACCGCGGGGACAUCCCCAUGUCCGCUGUCGAGAAGUUCCCCGUCCUCCUCUCCGAAGCCGAAGAAGAGUCCUCCUCCACCCCACCCUGCAUGACCAGCGAAGGGAUCAACUACCUUUACAUCCGGCACAACAACCUCUACCUCCUCGCGCUCACCAAACGCAAUUCCAACGCCGCCGAGAUCCUGCUCUUCCUGCACAAGAUCGUCGAGGUGUUUACGGAGUACUUCAAGGAGCUUGAAGAGGAGUCCAUACGCGACAACUUUGUGGUGAUCUAUGAGUUGUUGGACGAGAUGAUGGAUUUCGGGUACCCGCAGACGACGGAGAGUAAGAUCUUGCAGGAGUACAUCACGCAGGAGAGUCAUAAGCUUGAGGUCGCGCGGCCGCCUAUUGCUGUCACCAACGCUGUCUCGUGGCGGAGCGAGGGCAUCCGCUACCGCAAGAACGAGGUCUUCCUUGACGUGGUCGAGUCCCUCAACUUGCUAGUGUCAAGUACGGGCAACGUGCUGCGGUCAGAGAUUUUGGGCGCGAUAAAGAUGAAAUGCUACCUUUCCGGCAUGCCUGAGUUGAGGUUGGGGUUGAACGAUAAAGUCAUGUUCGAGACUACCGGACGGACGAGCAGAGGGAAGAGCGUGGAGAUGGAGGACGUCAAAUUCCACCAAUGCGUGCGAUUAUCGCGAUUUGAGAAUGAUCGGACGAUCAGCUUCAUACCACCUGAUGGCGAGUUCGAGUUGAUGUCGUACCGACUUAACACCCAGGUCAAGCCGCUCAUUUGGGUGGAAUGCGUGGUGGAGAGCCAUAGCGGGAGUCGGAUAGAAUACAUGCUCAAGGCAAAAGCGCAAUUCAAACGCCGCUCUACCGCCAACAACGUCGAGAUCCACAUCCCCGUCCCCGACGACGCCGACACGCCGCGCUUCCGCACCAAUAUCGGCGCCGUCCACUACGCGCCCGAGAGCAGUGAGAUUGUGUGGAAGAUCAAGCAGUUUGGGGGUGGCAAGGAGUUCCUGAUGCGUGCAGAACUCGGUUUACCAUCUGUACGCGGCGACGAAGAACGCGGCGGCGGCAUGAUGGGCGGUUUCGGCGGCUCAAUGGGUGGAGUGGGAAACUCGUCAAAGGCGAAACGGCCGAUCAAUGUCAAGUUUGAGAUUCCGUACUUCACGACGAGUGGCAUUCAGGUGCGGUAUUUGAAGAUUAUUGAGCCCAAGUUGCAAUACCCGAGUUUGCCGUGGGUGCGGUAUAUUACGCAGAGUGGAGAUAUUGCUGUGCGGUUACCGGAUGUACAACCCUGA